AAAUACUCUUUUUACAGCUCUCUCUAACUACUCUAGGUGUUCCUAAGUUUCAUUCAAUCUAUCAUAUUUCCUAUCUUUUUGUGUCUCUGAUAUCUUCAGAAUGUCAGAACUGAGGAAACUCGAACUUGAACGUAAAAAGCAGAAAUUGGCAGAGCUGAAAUCUCAGCGGAAACGUGAAGAAGAUGCUCGAGUUCAAAAUCUGCUCCGUUCCACAAAUGAAAAUGGAACAACACAGAAUGGAACGUCUCGACAGACUCUUUCAUCGAAUGAGGUCGAGGAUAUUCUCCGUCAAGUAGGUAUUUCAACUGAGCCAACAGUUCGGGAAGAAUCUCCGGCACCACCUCCUGGUUCUCAUUCUGAUAAUCAUGUGGAUCCAUCAGCCAGCCAUCCACGCAUUUCAAAUCUCCUUUCAGUCGACUUGGAAUUUUCCAGUGUACAGACAGCGUGCACGGAUAACAAAGAUUCGGCAAUUUACUCGAAAGGAACCCAGACUGACGAUGAGCGAAUUUCAGUCGGCGAAUUUUCGUUAGGAAGCCAAGAAUUCGAUUAUGAUGAUGAUAUGAUUAUGCCAAUGGAUCACGGUCGUGCUCACUCACACGAUCAAGAUUCCCCACUUCCUUACAACGAAGAAAUUGCAAAACUUCUGGGACAGACAAAGCAGGGAGACAAGGGACUGACACGACAGGAGACUGAAGAGAAAAAGACACAAACUGUUCAGAUUGUUCCACCACUUAGUGAUGAAGAGAAAUAUCGUUUGACUCUUGAUCCUGAGUUUUUGGACUCUUUCAAUCGCUCUUGCAAAGUAAUCAGUCGUGCUCUCAACGAGGAAAUUGACAUUUGUAUUAACUACACUAAAGAUCCAUAUGAGAAAGCUAUUGCAUCUGAUGAUCUACUUCAUUUGGCACAAGUAUAUCAAGAUGAGACAUGGACUGCUAAACGAUUAGUUACAGGAAUGGCAUUUUCUGAGCAUUAUCCUGAUUUGUUAGCUGUUUCUUAUGGGCCAUGUGACAUUCCAAAUGAGCCACCCGGUGUUAUUGUCGUUUGGAAUACAAAGUCGAAGCGAAUGACUGCUGAAUUCAUUGUCUAUUGUCAAUCUGAAAUUCAAUCCGUCGCUUUUGCUCGUUUCCAUGCUCAUUUGCUUCUCGCUGGAUGUGAAUCUGGACAGAUUUGUGUAUGGGAUAAUCGAUUGACAAGUCGAAAGUUGCCAAUAAAUAGAAGUCCUCUAACAACUCAAGCUCACACGUAUACUGUAUCAUGUCUUGCUGUCGUUGGUACCAAAAAUGCUCAUAACUUUGUUUCAUUAAGUCGAGACGGACGAAUUUGCAGUUGGAAUGUCGAUAAUUUGACACAACCUGUGGAUGGAAAAGAACUGAUGACAAAGGAAGGAAAAGCUGCUUCCGCCACCAGAAUGUCAUUCCCAAUCGGUGAAAUGCAAACAUUUGUCGUUGGAACAGAUACUGGAGAGAUUCUUGCUGCAUCAAGGAAUGGAGCUGAUCCAGCUGUCAUUAAAACUGACGUUUGUUACAAAGGUCACAGUGGUACUCUGACGGGAAUUGAAUUUCAUAGAGCUUCUGGUGUUGUCGACUUCUCACAUCUUUUUAUUUCUUCAUCUCACGAUUGGACAGUGAAGCUAUGGAGCACAAAAGAUGCAAAUUUAAAAUUCUCAUUUGAAUCACAUCCUGAUCUCGUUUUGGAUGUUGCAUGGUCACCAGUUCAUCCAGCUGUGUUUGCAUCUAUUGAUGCUGAUGGAAAUAUUUUCGUGUGGAAUUUGAAUGAGGAUGUUGAAGGACCAGUUGCAAGACUUCGCGCCGGAGCCGAAGGAGAAUCUGUUUAUAUGAAUCGACUGAUUUGGUCACCUGAUGGAAAACACGUGUUCGUUGGUGAUGAUGAGGGUCGAGUACAUAUGUAUGAUGUUCGGGAAAGUUUGUACGUGUUGAAGAGCGAAGAAUGGAAUCGAUUUGCUAGAGUUUUAUCUGAUAUGAAGCAAUCGAAUGAGGAAGCGGAGAAUUAUAACAUGUAGACGAAUGCGCGGUUCUUUCCAAUCUUAACUUUAAUCAGAUUUUCUAUUUAUCAUAUUUAAAUCAUAGGUACUUGUUUUUUAAAUCCCUUACAAAGCAUAUUUUCCCACGCUUUCUUAUUGAAACGUGGCAACUGGUGCCAACUCUUCUUGUGUGUGUAAUUGUGUGCUCUAAAAACGUUGCUCCUCUUUCUUCUCGGUUCAUUUAAUUAUUUGUUGCUUAUAAAUAUCCCCGCUAAAUUUUUUUGUGAUUAUCUGCUAUUUACUCAAUUUUUUCUCGUUUUUCAUUUUCUCUGAAAAACUUUUUUUCCUGACAGCUCUUCUUCCACGUCGUUUUCAGUUAUUCCCGUUAUUUUCCUGAGCUUUUUCUCUCCCCGAUCACACUGAUUCGACUUUUUUGCUCUAAUUUAUUAAUUGAUAUUUAUCAAUUGUUUCUUUUUAAAUGCUUCAUACAGUCCCCCACCACAGCUCCCAAUUGUUCUCUAAAAAUGGUUUAUUUGAUUUCUUCUUUUCUUAUCAAGUUUCGAUGAUAGCGAUCAAUGCGAAUGAACAGUUUUAUGAAA